AUUGAAUAGUGGUCUCAUAGAAACAGAGCAAAUCCACGAGUUAUAAAUAAGAGAGUCGCAUAGUCAUCCAUAUAGAAUUAAACAAGUGAGCUAGGUAAAAAGAAAGAUGUGGUGCAUGAGAGAUAUACGAAGAGAAUAACACUUUCAUUUUCCCUUAUAUAUUCCUCCUCCUACUUCUCCUCCUCCUGAAAACUCUGUAACUAAGAGUUGUAUAAAAAUGGCAAGCGAAGAUAUAAAGGAGACGUUGUUGAAUAAGAAAGAGCAACACUAUUACGAGAAUUGUCCGGGUUGUAAGGUGGAACUCCACAAGGCAUCCCAAACUGGUUUGCCCAUUAAGGAGCUUUUCACCAUGUGGUUUAUUGUGCUUGGCACAGCACUUCCAAUAUCAUCUCUCUUUCCAUUCCUUUAUUUCAUGAUAAGGGACUUUCACAUUGCCAAGAGAGAGGAAGAUAUUGGUUCCUAUGCAGGUUAUGUAGGUUCCGCAUUUAUGUUUGGAAGAGCUUUAACAUCUGCCUUUUGGGGAGUCGUGGCUGACCGAUACGGCCGAAAACCGGUUAUAAUUUUCGGUACUUUUAUAGUGGUUGUUUUCAAUACUCUUUUUGGUCUUAGUAUCAACUUUUGGAUGGCCGUCAUAACAAGAUUUCUUCUCGGUAGUUUAAAUGGUUUGCUUGGACCAAUAAAGGCAUAUGCUGCUGAAAUUUUUCGUGAAGAAUAUCAAGCACUAGGAAUGUCAACGAUUAGUACAGCAUGGGGCAUUGGAUUGGUUAUUGGCCCAGCUUUAGGAGGCUUUCUUGCACAGCCUGCAGAGAAAUAUCCAGCCAUAUUCUCAAAGGAUUCUAUAUUUGGGAGAUUUCCCUACUUCUUGCCUUGCCUAUGCAUAUCAAUCUUUUCCUUGGUCGUGGCUAUUGGUUCAUUUUGGCUGCCGGAAACAUUACAUAACCAUGAUUCAGAAAUACCGCCUCAAGAUUCUUACAAGUCUCUGGAGGCUGCAUCAGAUACAAAAGAAGGAAAUGAAUCAACCCCAAAAGAAAACCUUUUUAAGAACUGGCCAUUGAUGUCAUCUAUCAUAAUAUACUGUGUCUUCGCUCUUCAUGAUAUGGCUUACUCAGAGAUUUUUUCAUUAUGGGCUGUGAGCCCCAGAAAGUUUGGGGGCUUAAGUUAUUCAACUGCUGAUGUUGGUGAAGUACUAUCAAUCUCAGGGUUUGGCGUUCUAGUCUUUCAACUUUCUUUGUAUCCAUGGAUUGCGAAGUAUAUUGGCCCUAUACUCAUUGCUCGGGUUGCAGGAGUUUUGUCAAUUCUCUUACUGACGAGUUACCCUUAUAUCGCUAUGCUGUCUGGGAUCACCCUCUCUGUGGUGAUGAAUUUCGCAUCCAUGAUGAAGAAUGCUUUGUGUAUCUCUAUUGUAACGGGGAUGUUCAUAUUACAAAACAAAGCAGUGGACCAGCGACAAAGGGGAGCUGCUAAUGGAAUUGCCAUGACAGCAAUGUCACUUUUUAAAGCUGUUGGCCCAGCAGGGGGAGGAGCCCUCUUUUCUUGGGCACAAAAAAGGCUUGACGCUCCCAUUCUUCCAGGUGAUCAAGUGGUUUUCUUUGUGCUGAAUGUGAUUAUGGCACUUGGUGUGUUGCUGACAUUCAAACCAUUCCUAGUUGAAACACAAAAUACUUAAUUAGAGGAGAGGUUAUGUAUUAUUAUUAUGAUUAUUUUUUUGUAUCCUAUUUUACGCGUCACAUCAAUUAGGAAUUGAACUCACACAGCUACCUGAGUGUACCUCUGGACUUGAAACCCUGUCUUAAAGAAGUGGGUACGCAAGUCAAUUAAUGCAACACUUGCGGAUUUUCCAGAUGAUUUGACCACCAUGAUGAAUCAACUUAGACGGGAAAUGACUUUUGCUCAUUCUAAGCAGUUCAAUUUCAAUGAAAUUUAUCUACUUAGAAAUCCUGUUUAUGUCAACUCUUCUUUUAUCAGUGCUGCAUUUUAUACUUGUUGGAGCUGUUGUACGUAAAUUGCUAUUGUUUGCUUUAUCAUGUUUAAUUAAAUGAAGGCAACUGUUUUGUGUUA